AAAGUAAAGUCAAAACCAGUGCAAUACCAAACGACUGCCGGAUCGGAGCUGCCAGCAGUCAAUUUAAAAGGGGAAAAUCACAAACCAUCUUAAAAAUUCACUUAAAUAUGCAGCUGAACUCGGCGUUAAUGCUGCUGAUGCGAGUGCUGCCUUUGUUGUUGCUGUUUUCGCCGGCCCUGGAGGCCGCUGCUUUGCCCUUGGAUGCGGAGGAAAUUGGCUAUCUGGAGCUGAAGCCAAAUGGCACAUUGAUCUUUCAGCAGGCACCCAAUCAGAGUGAAAGCAAUCUGCAAAAUCUUCUACUGUUGCGCAGCGUGCUGCAAGCAUUAAAGUUGCAACCUGGCGAUGAGCACAGCAAGCUGAAUAUAAAGCUUUAUGGCAAUGGUGUUGAGCAUAAGUUUCCGCCCUUUCUGGAGAAUAUCAUACAACGCAUACAAACCUAUUUCUCCGUCUAUCGCUACACGGAUACCAGUCUACCCGUACGAAAAGUGGAAGCAACCACACAACCACCACAAACUUUGGAUGUGAGCACAAAGAAAGCUAAAAAUCCGAAACCAAUUACGGUUCCCAACCAGCAAACUAAUUGGAUAAUUGUGGGCGACGUUUAGUGUUUUAAAUGCAUUGUUAUAUUUACUUAUUUAUAAUAUUUUUUUUGGGAUUUACCUUAGUGAUCGAUUGCAAAUAAAAGACACGCUCAGCGACAAUUGCACUGGUAACGUGAGAGGCGCCCGCAUUUGGCUUGCUAUAUGGCUGGGCACGUCUUUAGUGGGUGCUUAGUAUGCGUCGCCUCGUGUGGAGCACGAUUUAUGUUUAGCUCUGUGUAAUAUGCGAAAUAUUUUUAUGCUGCUUGGAAU